AUGCGAUUCUCAGCACCCUCUCUGCUGCUCGCAGCGGCCGUCGCUCUCGCCUCCCCCGUGCCACAACCUCCCGGAAUCCCCAGUCCUGCUACUGCCAGGUCACUACUAGAGGGUCUCGAGGUCAGCUCCUCGGGCUCCGGAACUGGGUACAGUCGCAAGAAGUUUCCGCACUGGGCGACGGUCGAGGGUGCUUGCAACACUCGCGAGUUUGUGCUGCAGCGAGACGGCAUCGAUGUCGAGACGGACGAUAGCUGUGCGGCAACGUCGGGCACCUGGGUGAGCCCCUACGACGGUGGCUCCUGGACCCAGGCUAGCGACAUCGACAUUGACCACAUGGUUCCCCUCAAGAACGCGUGGAUAUCUGGCGCGUCGGCUUGGUCCACCGAGAAGCGCAAGGCCUUCGCCAAUGACAUCACCCGCCCCCAGCUAUGGGCCGUAACCGAUCGCGUCAACGAAGCCAAGGGCGACAAGUCCCCCGACAGGUGGAUGCCCCCUCUCGAGAGCUUCCACUGCAUCUACGCCAAGAGUUGGGUCCAGGUCAAGAGCUACUACCGACUAUCCGUUACCGACGCCGAGAAGGAUGCGCUCAGCGGCAUGCUGGAUUCUUGCUAG